AUGAAGUGGAGCAUCCGCGGGGCCUGCGCCGCGCUCUCCUCCUGCCUCCUGCUCGCCUGCGCGCUCAGUGCCGCCGCCGUCGGCCUCAAGUGCUUCUCGCUGGGCUCGGAGCUGCGCGGGGAGCCGUUCAGGCUGGGGGCGGCCGCCGGCGCCUUCUACUCGGGGCUGCUGCUGGCCGCCGGCCUCUCGCUGCUCGGCGCCGCCCUGCUCUGCUGCGGGCCCCGGGACGCCGCCCUCGCGGGGCCGGGGCCGGGCCCGGCGCUCGGGGGCCCCGCGGCCCCAGCAGGGGCUCCGGAGGCUGCGCCGGGCGAGCCGGGGAGCGCAGCCGGGCCCUCGGGGCGGGUGAACAGCCAGAACCUGCUCCUGCUGGGCGUUCUCGUCUUCAUGCUCGGGGUCCUCAGCGCCUUCGCGGGCGCCGUGAUCGACGGCGACACCGUGUCCCUAGUGGAACGCAAGUACUCCCACUACUGCCUGCCCCCGCGCGCGCCGGCCGCGGCCCCCGGCCCGGCCCCCGGCGCGCCGCGCGGCCGCAGCACCCUGGACAGCGCCACGUCCGCCAAGUGCCGCCAGCUGAAGGACUACCAGCGCGGCCUGGUGCUUUCCACCGUCUUCAACUCGCUCGAGUGCCUCCUGGGCCUGCUCAGCCUCCUGCUGGUCAAGAACUACAAGUCCUCGCAGGCCCGGCGCGGCCGGCGCGGCCGGCGGAAGGGAGGCCGGGCCCUGGCGCGGCCCCGCGGCGGCCCGGGGUUCCGUGCGCAGCCGCCAGCCUCCCGGGCGCGGCGGGGCCGACGGGGUCGGCGGGGGCGGAGGCUGCAGCAGCGGCCGAGCGAGGCUUCCAUCCUGUCCCCGGAGGAGUCGGACUUCGCCGCCCCGGGGGACUGCGCGGGCUUCGCGGCGCACCACGCGGUCUCCUACAUCAACGUGGGCGUCUUCCACGCGUUUGACGAGGCGGGCGUGGAGGUGUGCUGCGGGGGGCACCCGUCUGUGGAGCUGCCGGGGUACGCGCCCUCGGACCCCGACCUCAACGCCUCUUACCCCUACUGCUGCCGGCCGCCCUGCGAGGCGGCGCGCCCCUGGGAGCCAAGCCGGGCCUCCUGA